AUGUCGGAAGUGCCACCGUCUCAAAAGGUGGCCUCCAGGUUGCUGGAGGCCCUUGACCGAUUCACAUGUCCCAGCGACACGCCCAGCUUGCUCCUCUCGCCGCCGCCCUCGCCGCCGCCCUCGCUCCCGCCCUGCGACGACCCGCCAGCGCCUGCUGGCAACCUCUGCACCGACAUGCUCGACGACCUGUGCCUGUUGAGCGUGCUGCGCCAGCUGGAAGACGACAUGGAUGUGGUGCGGCUCAGGGCGGUGAGCAGCAGGGUGCGGAAGCUGGCAGACAUUGUGCUGGAGGAGAAGUUUCGGAGGCGGUGGGGCGUGCGUGAGGUGGCGGCGCCGCCUCCCGCCUCCCCCGCCUUUGCCGCCACCCGCGCCUCGUCCUUUGUGCUGUGCCACCGCCUGGAGGGCAAGGAGACCCUGGCUGCGGUGGCGGUGAGGCACGGGUGCGACGUGGUGGCCCUCAAGCGAAUAAACAACCUGCUCAGCGACCAUGCCAUGUACAGCAGGAGCCACCUGUUUGUGCCGGUGCCCGAUGCGGCGGCUGCGGCCGCGGGACAGCGCGUGGCUUUUCUGCAUGACGAGAACUCGAGCCGAAGGAUGGUGGUCGUCUGCCGCGACGGCGAGCCGCUGCCAGGCCAGCUGAGCGGCUCAGGCUCGGGCAGGCAGGCGGGGCGCAACCACGACUUUGUGGUGGCCAAGCUGGCGGCCAUGCUGCAGAGGGCUCUCCGCAUCGACCAGCCCACCGCAGCAUACUAUGUCAGCCAGGCAAACUGCGACAUACGGCAGGCGAUCGCAAAGUUUGAGGAGGACAAGCGUUGGGAGAAUGUCAUGCGGAGCCGACGGGCGCGCUGA